CCAGAUAGCUUUGGCUAUUCACUUGCAAAGGCAUGCGACACUAUUACAACUUGGUCCAUCGCAUCGUGCUAUCCAUGGUGAAGGGCCAUUAUGCUUUCAUUGAUUUCUUUCCACUCGAUUAUAUUCUCAAUCAUAAGCCCGCAGUUGCUGUCUGGUGUAAUCGCCACCAUUCAACAUAGGCUGUUCGACAGCUUGAACACACAGUCCAUCAAAUCCGCGAUCUCGGAAGCAAUCUCUGAAGUCACGAACCAAAAUCUUGUCUGGCCUAAAAUCUUCGUCGUCAACCAGAGCCUCCAUGGAAUCUGGUUGUCAUAUCGCGCCUAAGAAGGAAGCUAGCGCAUUAAGAUUUUAUGUGUUGCGUAUGCCUUGCACGCUUCUACGUCUAUGUUGUCCGCAUAAAACAGUCGGGUAUGGAACAAGAAC